GCCACAGAGGGGAUCACUUCAGAGUGAGGGAAAGAUGCUCAUGUCCCAGGUUCCACUCAGUCUUUGACUUCUCUACUCACAUUGUCACAGAUGGGGUGACUGCAGAACUAGGGUCUGGGAUGCUGACACAUGCCCACUGCAAGCUGAACUGUAACCUACCAGCUCCUCUCUCCCAGGGGCUACUGAAGAGCCACUGGAGGGAAAAAGCAUUUGGUCAGUCUGAGCUGGGUUCAGCCUGGCUGUGAAAGACCCCAAGUCUUGCAACACCCAGGAAAACUGCCUGGGACUCAUGUGUCCUCAUGGGAUCAGCAGUAAUGGGUAAAUAAAAACACUGGAGGUUUCAAACUGGCCUCCAGGCCUAGGAAAAUAGCCCUCCCUGGUCCCUGUGUCACUAACUAGUGACACUCACAGCCUUUCCUGAGAGCCAAGCAUAGCACAGUGACGAGCGUGCCACACACUGCCAACCACAGGAACCUCUCCAGGGGAAAAGCACCAGGAACUUUGUGUGUUUCCAGGCCUGUCAGGAAUUUUAAUAUGCUAAAGCCACAGAGGCUUUGUGGUUGAACAGGCCCUGCAUACUAAAGCUGCCCUGAUCAAUCCAGCUCCCUGAGAAGGCUCUGUUGAGCUGAGGUGGUUACAGCUCCGGAAACCGCCUCCUACACUCUUCCCUUUGCUGCUCUUCUCACUCACGCUGGAGAAGCAAAUUGUCUUGGGUCUUAGUGACUGGUGUGCAGAAGGGAGGUGGUUAUGAAAUGGGCCUCCAUGCUCUGCAUGGGGAGAGCACUCGAUUAAUUCAAGGAGGUCUCAGUUGUUAGUAGGCAUCAUAGUGCAAGCAUGUGGGACAGAAGAAACAGAGGAAGUGGCUGAGGGAAAGUUCCCCAGGAACACAGGAAUGUGGUGUAGUGAUAGGAAGAUAUCUGGCUACAUUAAAUUGGCAUUGCCUGAAGUUUGUUGUCAUCAUUCUUACUAGACCCUGAGUUCCUGUGGCCUUUCACUGAUGGUUAUGCAAACACGUGGAUAGAUCAGUACUGACAUACACAUGUAUGUACACACACAUACAUGUCUACAGGCUUGUCUGCUUAUGGUUCUCCUCCAGAAGCCAUCAUUGCAAUGUUAUACUGCUGAUCUACCUGCACACAUGCAAGGGCAGCAAGGUAGUAUACAAAGCUUACAUGCACAGCUGUGGCUGAAAGCUUGCAGAGACACAUGUGAACAUGAAGAGAUGCAUACACUCCUGGAGAUCUAGGACAAAUGCAGAGAGGUCCAGGUCUUUGCUUGUGCUUAAGUGUAUGCAUAAGACUGGGAGAAAAAGAGAUCUUGCAGGAAAAGAUGCUGAGAAAAGGAUCAAGAUGGAGACUCUCUAAGCUUCACUGCUAAUCCCAGGUGGGGGGAAUGGUUAGGUUACUGUACCCAGGGGUAGGGGCAGGCAAAGUUCCCCCGAUAGGGAAGAUGGAGAAACUGACUGCAUGACAGGUAGGACAGGGCAUGCCUGCACUUGGCAGCCAUGGACACAAAGACCCAUGUCCAAAUGCUUAUGCAUGGUUGCACCUCAACAUACAUGGCCACCUAUAGAGGCCUUAAUCUAUGGAAAAAAAUAACCCAAAGGCUGUGUUGUGGUGCCUCUCACAUACAGCAGCCUCUUGCUCUGCCCUCUCCCACCUGUGCAUGUGGAGACCAGAUCCCCCUCCCCCACAGGCAUGUGAGCCGGGUUCACAGACACUCACAAGAAGGAUCAGUUGCAUCACAGCUGUCUUCACUUUACCUGCUCUGCCAGCAAACAGAUGAGCACAGUAUCCUGCAGGCAGCAAAAAAGCAACCUGCUGCUUGGACCCUUCAUGACAAGCUGCCCACAGGAGAUGGUGGCAUAUAGGAGAACUGUUGCAGCUGCUGGACAGGGGUGCCCCCCACACCAAUCACAGAGCAACAUGGGAAUUGAGUGCCCAGAGUUAUGUUUUUCAUGAGACCUGGAGUGAAAGGUGCUGAGUAACCCAGACAUGUCAGUGUGCAGUAGAGUCUUGCACAGGGUGAGCCCACAGGCAGGGAAGAAAAGGGCCUAUACUACACAGCUCAUUAAAAUAUUGAAUUACUCAAUAGCUAUUUUAAUUGCUUUUAAAUUCCCUCCAGCAUUAAGAGGCACCAUCACUUGGGACAUUGCAAGGCACCCAGACACCACACCUUCUUGGGAAGAGGAUUUUGCUGCUUUAGACUUUUUAUGUCUCCCCUUUGCUUAACUUCCUGCUUCUUUCUGGGAUGGCCCUUGUUCCAUCCUGUCCCUUCCUGGCACUUUGUUCCUGCCCUGUCUUUGGUACCUGAUUCCAGGGCAUCCUGCCUCCAGUUCUCACCGACCAGAUUUUCUAGGCUUUCCUCUGCAAAUGUAAAGUUUAUCUCUAGAUGCAUCGCACCUCUUGCUGUCCAGCCUGCCUCUGACAUAAGCUUCUCCAGAAGACAUAUUCAGGACAGCCUAGAAGAGAAAGCUGCUGUAGUAUGGAGGAAGUCCACCUAGAAAGCUCCUGCCAUGACAGUGUAGUGAUGCCCCCACUUUCAAAUGGCUGCACAGAAUUUCAGAGCUACGGUGAGGUUGGUUCUCAUUCUGUCUCCCAAUAUUUUGGGGUCAUGAACACGUGGCUUCUCCAAAGGCUGAAAGCCUCCUGCUCCCCCCUUCAUUCAAAUGUUGCUGCAUUCCCUGUGAUCUAAUCCACACAGGGCCAGACUCCUGUUGGGAUCUAUUUCCAGGAAGAGACCCAAGUCCAUGACUGCAGGCAGCGAAGGAGUGACAAGUCUUUCUAAGAGCUGCUGUUGUGAACAUUCAUUUUUAAUUCAAUUCAGUUCAGCACUGGAGUGCUGAGGGUGUUGGAACAAAUUGCUGAUUGUCUCUGAUCCUGGCUCCCAAAGCUCAGCGUUUGGGAAGCGGUGGUGGGGAGACGGCAGUGUGGGAACGUCCGUGGUCUCCAGGAUGCACAGGCUGUCAGUGUUGUUGUUUGCUGUAUUUAGGGCACUGGCCUUAGGAGUAGGAAAAUAAACAUCCCUUUCCCCGUCUCCCUCCCACAUGCCUUCCUGGUGAAUAUCCCUUUUUAACAAGUCUGUACUGGAGCCCACAGCUAUGUAGAUGUCACCUACUUUAAUACCUAGAUUAGCCUUGAUCCAUUUUCUAACCAUUUCUAUGAGCUGAUCUCUCUGGGAUGAGGCUGCCAUUGGUAAUGGUAGGUAAAGCUCAGCUGUGAGACCUCUGCGACCUAAUAGCAAAGUGCCUCAUGUUCAGUCUAUGAUGUUGUCCCUCUGCAAAGAGGAGGCUCCAGAUAUGUGCACCUGCUCAUAUGUACCUCAAGUUUCAGGCAUAUCCAGGUGCUUGAAGUCCUUGGAAACUGGGCUGCAUGUUGUGACUCAAGUUUCCUAACCCAGCUUGGGCUGUGGUGCUGCAAGGGGGACUAUUGCAACUCUGAGACAGGGAAAGGAGGGAGCUGCAAUCUCUCUUACUCUAAGCAGGCACUCACUGGCCUGACUGGUCAUCUCACUGCACUGCCAGCUGGCAGGGCUCUCUGUGUCUCCAGGCUUUACUUGGCAGGCUCUCUCAACCCAUUCUUGCCACUUUUGCUGGGGACUGGGUGCUCAAGUGAAAGGGAAUGAUUGAUGGGGUGACAAGUGACUCACAGACCUGGCAAAGCUCACAGUCAACGCUUAUCGGACUCCAUGAGUUUGUGCAGUUGCUGUGAACUUUCCUGAACUGUCUCUGUACAGAGGCUUAUACACAGUGUGGGUCAGGGGCACUUGGACCCACCUCCUUUUCUGGUCUGUGUUGAGUGCAAGGCAUGGAGCGAGUUGCAAGUCACACACUUUUCGCAUUGCUAUCCUCCAGGAAGGAUCCAGCUUCCUGGGUUGGUGUGGGGUUGGGAGAUGUGCAGUAUGAGACCAUAUCACUAACCCAGGCAGCUAUGAUGAAUAUUGACUUUACUCAACCACUCACUGUCUUAUCUGGACUGUCAUUUCACGGUCCAGCACCCAUUCAGUACAAGGGUUUUUAGUGAUAUCUUUUAUUGAACCAGCCGUACAGUCAGGAGAGAUGUUAGACAAGCUUUUGGUACAAAGUGCCCUUUCUCAGGUCUGGGAAAGAAAGAAAUGGCCUAUGCCGCAUGUCAGAUAAAACAUUGGCUUCUGUGUAACUCCAUUUUUCAAAGAAAAUAAAUAUAAAACUUCUUAUGUAAAAGAAAUCUUCUCACAGAAGAAUUACACCAUUUCUGACCUCAUAGUCCUUAUACUCAAAGGAAAACUACAAAAUGCCUUCAGACAGUGGGCCCAGGGACAAAAUUCGUAACACCAUAGACUAAACAUAGAUGUCUCUUCUUUCUAAGCUCUCUGUACUCCAUAGGUACUAAUGCUCCUUUCCCUUCUGAAUGGUUUUGUUCUUUUAUAUAAUUAGGUCAUCUGUUCAACUAAACUUCUCCUGCUUUGCCGUUGCUGCUGAUAACUUCUCUUCACUUCUAAUUUUCAGCCCUCCUGAUCUAAGUUUCUUUUACAUAUGGAAUUAAACACAAGCCAUUGUUUUAUCCCUUGCUUCUUGCAUAUUUUCUGGACCAUCCUGACUAAAACCAAUUACAUUCAGGACAAGGAAUACUAGGGUCAUCAUGGGCAAAGUUCCCUUCUCUACUGCUAACCUCUUUUCUGUGUUGCAGCUACUAAGACAACCUGAGAAGAAGCUCCAUGAAGGUGACCAGCCAUGCAAUGUUCCUGGAAGGCUGUCCUCCUACUAGCUUUGGCAUCCAUUGCUAUCCAGUACACAGCUAUCCGAACUUUCACUGCCAAAUCCUUCCACAGCUGUCCUAUCCCCAACCCAGUGAACUGCAGCCUGAGCCAGGAGACUGAUUCAGCCGACAGGCUAUGUGACGAAAGCCCCACCUUCACUUACAACCUCUCCAGGAAGACACACGUCCUUAUCCUGGCCACCACCAGGAGUGGCUCUUCUUUUGUUGGACAGCUGUUUAACCAGCACUUUGAUGUCUUCUAUUUAUUCGAGCCCCUUUACCAUGUCCAGUACACCCUGAUCCCAAAGCUGACACAGAGCAAGAGCACCACUGACAGGCGGGUCAUGCUGGGUGCCAGCAGAGACCUGCUGAGGAGCCUUUAUGACUGUGACCUCUACUUCCUGGAGAACUACAUCAAACCCCAACCAGUGAACCACACGACAGACCGGCUCUUUCGCAGAGGGGCCAGCAAGGCCCUGUGCUCUCCUCCGGUUUGUGAAUCUCUGGGGCCCAUCGACCUCCACCUGGAGGAAGGGGACUGUGUGAAAAAAUGUGGCACCUUGAACCUGACAUUGGCCACAGAGUCUUGCAAAGAGCACGGGCAUGUGGCCAUCAAAACAGUGCGGGUGCCAGAGGUCAGUGACCUCAGGGCCUUGGUGGAGGACCCUAGACUAAACCUGAAGGUCAUACAGUUGGUGAGAGAUCCCAGGGGUAUCUUGGCAUCCAGGAGCGAGACCUUUCGGGACACCUACAGGCUGUGGAGGAUCUGGGAUGGCACCGGCAGGAAGCCGUACAACCUGGAUGUGACUCAGCUCACCACAGUCUGCGAAGACUUCCUGAACUCUGUUUCCACAGGGCUAAACAGGCCCCCUUGGCUCAAAGGAAAGUACAUGCUAGUGAGAUAUGAAGACCUGGCCCGAAACCCUAUGAAAAAGACUGAGGAGAUUUACGACUUCCUGGGCAUCCCCAUGGACAGCAACGUCGAGAGAUGGAUACAGAACAACACGCGAGGAGACAGGUCCUCAGCCAAACACAAGUAUGGGACCGUCCGAAAUUCAGCAGCAACAGCAGAGAAAUGGCGGUUCCGCCUCUCCUACGAGAUUGUGGAGUUUACGCAGAACGCCUGCCAGCAGGUGCUAGCGCAGCUCGGUUACAAAAUGGCGGGGUCAGAGGAAGAGCUGAAAAACCUUUCCAUCAGCCUUGUGGAAGACAGGGACUUCCUGCCCUUCUCGUAACACAGCCAUUGGGGGCUUGUGCUCUAUUUUUAAUAUCUAACUGUUGCCUUAUUUUAUUUUAAUUUGUUCCCCACCCAAACCCCCUUUUUCUCUCCAAAAUUUGCACUAAAUCUUGAAUGGGAAUCUCAAUGGAGUUACAGUGAAGAGGCUGUCACCUCUCACCAAUGCGCUUUGGACGCAAAGGAAUUGGGUCUCAGAGCAAGAGCUAAAACUGUGGAUGGGUAACAAUGUUUACAAAACACACACACAAUGUAUAAAAACAUCCUUCAAGCUUUCCAAACCGAAGGGUACCUGGGGUACUGUACUUUUGCACUGUUUACUUUUACAAUGUAAGAGAUAAAUCUAUAUAUAUGUAUAAUUUAUGAAUGGUGUUGUCACUUCAAGAAUAAUUCCCCUUGCCUCCCGAUUAUAAGCAGGUUAUACUUUUAGCUGAAUGUGGAAUAACCUCGUUUUUGAUCUCGUUUUGAUAUGUCUGUUUGUUUAAGUCAUGUUAUUGGGCUGGGCAGUCAGUCGAACGUUGAUCCAUGGUUGUUUGGUAACAUCUGUGAUAUUUCUUUGAGCCAAAAGAAGUUGAUUGGGCGGUUUGGCAAAAAGAAACAAAAUUAAUGCUUUAUUUCUGUGUCUUCUGUAAAUAAAAGAGUGCAAUAAAACUGA